CAGCAACAACCGCGGCAUGGGUAGGUGCCAAAAGAUCCAAGCGCCGAAACGUCGCACCAUGAGCACCAUCUUUGAGGUCGAAGAGCUCCAAGCCAAGUACAAUCUCCCUUCUCGAAAAAUCUAUGAACUACACGCGCGAUUUCAAGCGGCGAUCAAGGGGGAAAUGCACGACUCAAAUGUCAAUGUGACAAUUCUCACGGCGCUCCUUCGCUCGUGUAUCGAGCCCAACACGACCGAGCCAUCGUUUGCUCGGUUCGUCGAGCACUACACGCUCUUCUCUUCCAACGACAAGAUGCCCGACAAGCUCCUAGCAAUCCACAAGUGGCUGCUGCUCAUGGCCCACAAGGAGACGCCUCCGGGCUCGAGCGAUCUCUCGCCAAGCGACCUCCGAGGGAUCCUAGCACCGUACACGAGCGACCCCGCGCUCUUGACGCUUCAGAUCAACGACAUGAUGCCGACGACCGAGUCGACGGGGCUAUCUGCGCCAGCCUUUGCAUCGUAUGUGACGACGCGGCGCCCCGUGCCCGAGCUCGCGACGAUGUUGUCUCUGUUGCCGCAGACCAAGUAACGGUGGAUGAAAUCG